AAGAGGAGCUCAAAUGCAACACACAUGGCUUGGCAACGAACAUGCACUCUCGUCCUCUUCCUUUCUCUCCAAUGCACACAUUUUGUGCACGCUACAAAGCAGCUGACCUUACAACAAGCUGCACAUAGAAGACUGGGUGAAGGGAGAGGGGAGGUGGCAGCUCUUAGUCAGUUAGCAGUCUGUGACUAACUCUAAUGGAAAAGUCUGCAUGACAGGAGCAGUGGGAGAGACGAUAGGGACAAGACAAUAACUACAACACAAAGAGGAAAAAAAUCGCUUCCAACAACCAAGACAUCGGAGGAUUGCUGCCGACACACAAGUGAUGUGUUCCACUGAAGGCAGCUGACACCAAGGGACAUCGUUGACAGCAAGUAAAGGACUAAAGUUUACAUGAACUGACCCAUGGAGACAAGGAGCUGGGGGCUGUACUUAGUCAAAAGCUCAUCUUUUCUAUUCAAUUGCUGAUUAUCUCACACAAGCGUCAGCGGUCCAGUUUUCACAUGUAAUUUUCCAGGACUGUCUGCUUUGACUGCCAUGCCCCUGUUUAGCUGGAUGAAAUGGACCCACGAAAAAAGAGUGCAGGCUCAGGAUGAAGCACUUCUAAAGACCUCGAGGGUCUUACCUAGUCACAUGUUGAUCAGAGAGCUUCUGUGGCAUGUGGAGGAACGUGAGCGGCUUGCAAGGGAAACCGUGGGUCUCCACUGGUUUCAGAAGUACCCAAGGUUACGGACCCUCAUCCCCACAUCAGAGCUACAUCAGCUGGAGCUCCUGUGUGCCCAGAUCCCACCCAGCCACGCAGCCACCGUACUGUCUAGGUUUCGUGAGGUGCUUUCCACAAAUAACAUUAGGCCUUGGGAGCUGGCAUCUGUCUUCAAGCAGGUGCUAAGGGACUUGAGCCAAAAAGAAUAUGAUGAAGAGCACACUCUCUCGGUGCAGCCAGUGCAGCCAGCACAGCUCCGACCAAUGGAAGCUUGCACCAGCCGCUACAUAAUGAAGCAGGGUUUUGUACCACCCCCUGUCGCCAACUGUGGAGACCAACCAAGGGAGGAGAUCCCAACGAUCUCUGGAUACGUGGAUCGGGCCCUGCGGCACUCUGGUUCAUUUGCAGGGUCCAACAGAGACUGGGACCUUCCUUAUUACUAUCCAGUUUCUCUCAGACCCAUAGGAAUGUACAGCACUACACUGUGAGACGACACACUGCUGUAGUUUUUGUGUUUAACACAAGGAAAAGACAUCCACAAUGGGGAAUAAGAUGCAGGAACUCGAAUAUAUGUAUUAGCUGCAGAUAUAUCAUGUAAAGAUGCCCCGAUCACAUCUUUUGGCCUCAGAUAUCGAUUGUAAAUCAAUGAGCGCUAUCUGUCAUUAGAGGGCAAAUAACAAUUAUUUUUGUGUUGUUUUCUUUAGUUUUAGGCACUAAUACA